AAUAAGUAUAAGAUCGAGUAGUAGUCGCGCAAUAUUACUUUCUAUCCAACAACUAAUAUAGUAAUCACUUGUUGAGCCUCGUGUUAAUUUCUAAACCCGCAAAUGUCAGACAUCAAUACCCCUAGAAUAAGUAUGGUGGCCUAAGUUUUCUUUUCUUUUAUUAUCAAUGUCGAGGUAGUACAAUUAUCCGAGUCGAUGACGAUACGAGAGCCACGUGGCUGCAUAUGUUCCAUUGCUUUAGCUUUCCCAUGGAGGAUGGUCGGUUGAAUUCCAGCAUCUUCCUCCUCUUUUUUUUUUUUUCUUUUUUCUUUCUUUCUUUCCAAACCCUUCUGCAAAAUAAAAGGGAAGGUUUUGCCCUCAGAAAAAAAAAACCCCAAUAUGCUGCAGCUAAGGCUCUCAUUCGUCUCUCACCAAUUUGGCGACUUCAAUUUCAUCUCCAAACUUGAAGCCUUCAUAUUGCAUCAAAACUACUAAUUCUGAGGGUGAAUUCAGUGCUUAUGCACAAACAUAAUGAUGAGAGACAUAAGAUGAUUACAAAUUCAAGAGAAGAGGAUAAUUCGCCUUCAAAACUGGAAGCUGAUCAUACUGGAAAAGUUAGCAAAUGCAAAUCAUCAGCUGAAGCUGCAGCUUCAUCAAGUUCAUCUCCAUGGCUUAGGUUGAAAGAUCCGAGAAUUGUGCGCGUUUCCCGAGCUUUCGGAGGCAAAGAUCGACACAGCAAAGUUUGCACCAUAAGAGGGCUACGCGACAGGCGCGUAAGGCUUUCGGUUUCCACUGCAAUUCAGUUAUAUGAUCUUCAGGAUCGGCUCGGCCUCAACCAGCCGAGCAAGGUCGUCGACUGGUUGCUCAAUGCCGCUAAGGAUGAGAUUGAUGAACUUCCUCCAUUGCCAAUCCCAUCUGGAACCACCCUCGGCCUCAACUUCCAAUCCAUGUUAGCUCAUACCAACUCGUAUGGAUCGGAAUUCAAAAUUAACCCUCGCGACGAGGGCGAAGAAGAAAGGCAACACAAAAACGAUACACCCAAUUCGUCUCACCCUCCUUCAUUCUCUGCUCUAUUAAACAACGUCGUUGCGAACGGCAAUGCCCCAUUCGGGUAUCACUGGGAGCCAUCAAAUCUUCCAUUCUUGUCGUCGUCGUCUCACCACCCUACGGGAAGCCAUGGAUUCUUUACGUCUCAGGCCGCGGCGGCCGAAGAUCUCCAUAACUUCAAUGUAUUGUCCUUGCCACGCCCAUUGCCUAAUUUGUCUCUCUCAACAGGGUCUCAAAUUUUAGUUUGCCCACCAGGAAUCUCACAGACUUCUCUAGAUCAGCUUGAUCCAAGACAAGUCAAUAAUCACUUGCAAAUGUUCACCUCGAGUUCUCAAAAUUUCUUGCUUCACAAUAAUUGUCUUACAUCUCCCUUGAACUCAAUAAACCAACCACCCAAUAAUGUUAGGCCCUUUCAUUUCAGUAUGGCUCCCAAAUUUGUUUCUCAAGAAAAGAAUAAUGGAGAUCAACCAAAUAAGGAUGAUGAGUUUGCUUCUGAUGAAUGAUACUAAAGACUCUUGGAGUGGAAUUCAGAUCAGCAAUGGAAAAUCUUUGAAACUAUAGAAGAGAGAUCAUGGCAAGAAGUACAAUGGAAAAGGUAUUCUACUCAAUUUGCUGAUUCUUGAAAAAGCUAAUAUCUCAUUACAUUAGAACAAUCAUCAUAUUUUGAACAUUUAAAUUAAUUGCUAGGUUUGAUUGUUUGUUUGUUUUUCUUUUGUUUGGUUACUAAGGUUGUUUAUGGAUUGGAUUAGGUUGGGUCACUUAGACUGUUUUUAAACUAAAUAUAAUUGUUUGAGUAAUAAAUUAAAUUUGUUCAUGAACCAACCUAACCUAGCUGAAAUAUUAUUAGAGUUAGAGCGUGUGGUUAUUUGAGGUUUUCAAGACUUCGUACCAAGGGAGAUAAUUGUACUCACUUUAUAUUAAUAUGGAUAUCCUCCUUUCCUAGCUAA